GGGCCAUGUUGAUUAUUAAACGAAAAUGUUGGUUGAAAACACUAAUUCUUUAUACUCCUUGCGACUACUGUGCCAAUAUUUUUAAAGACCAUGGUUUGCUGUUGUACUUGUCCCCAUUAAAAAAAAAAAACAGAGCCCAGGAAGCAUCCUAUUUGAGGAUUUUUAGCGAGAACGUGGACCAGGACUUUUGUCUGACUCAACACGCUCUCACUAACUUUUUAGAACAUGUGGAACCCUUCAAAUGGAAUUAGUCUAUGGUCGUCACUACUAUUCUAACAAACCGCGUUUUCUUUCCUUGGCUUUUUCAUAUGAAUCUCUUGGCAUUUGCUCUUCACCCAAAUACCAGUUUCUUCUUCUUCUUCAUCAUGGUGAAAGUGUUAUCAGGUGGUCAUUUCAAUGGCUUCGAUUCUUAACCCCAGUUUCUGCCGCCGCCUGUUAUUAAUUCUCUUGUACUUCGUUUCUUCUUUUCUCGCCAUCAAUUCACUUUCAAGUAGUGUUUCCAUUUCUGGAAAUUCCAGCCACACAUUAAUCUGUGCCUUGCAGAGUACCAAUCGGCUCCAAGGACAAAAAUCAUUCCUCAACUGUACCAGUUUUCCCACUGGCAUUAAAAUUCAAGUGAACCCCAACAUUUCCUUCUCUGAGAUUGCAGGAGGGAAUGGGUUUGUCUGUGCAUUGAGGCCUCAGAUGGGUUCUUCUUCUUCUUCUUCUUCUGUCAUGUUUUGCUGGAGAUUCUCUACCAAUGAGACAAAUGUUGCCCCCAAGCGCAUUUACCAUGGACCUAUGAUUCAAAAUUUGGAAGCAGGAAACUCCCAAAUCUGUGGCCUUUCAAGCUCCAACAAUGGCCUUAACUGCUGGCAAUGGCCUGGGUUCAACACACGUAAUGUGAAAGGCUUCUCGAGUAUAUCUGUGGGAGAGAAUUUCGUCUGUGGGUUAUCGGAAACAUCUGGGAAUAUUAAUUGCCGGGGAAAUAAGAGCAUAAUUGGAGAUGAACCCAAAGGGAAUUACUCUGUGAUUGCUGCAGGGACGAGAUAUGCCUGUGCUAUCUCGUCCAAUAAUGGAAGUUUGCACUGUUGGGGUGACGUACCAAAAGCCGCAAUGACGCCUCAAGGGAGAUUCAUCUCUUUGGCUUUGGGAGAUAAUCGGAGUUGCGCUUUGAGGGCUGUGAACAGAACAGUUGAUUGUUGGGGGACGGAUGGUUUCAGCACGCCAGAGAGCUUCAGAAACACAUCUUUUGAAGCAAUCACAGCUAAAGGAAGUGUUUUCUGUGGUGUUAUGUCUAAUGAUUAUUCUUUGCAUUGUUGGGGAAAUGAUAAUUUGGGCAUGAACGGGACUGCUCAUAAGGUGUUUGAUGAAGUCCUACCUGGUCCUUGUAGAACUGACUGUUCAUGUGGACCAUUGCCAGGUUCUGCACAGUUUUGUGAUCUUGGUCGAUCUAUUUGCAGUUUUUGUGACAACCAACUACUGGAAUCCCAGCCGCCGCUGCCGCCGAGUGCUUCUUCACAGUCAAGACAAAGUAAUUGGAGCAGCAAAAUGGUGGCAUUUCUAGUGGUUGGCUGUGUUGGCUCCGUUUCUUUGAUGCUAGUGUUGGCAUUCUUUGUCUACAGGUAUUGCAAAGGCCGAGGAUGCAGGCGUGUGCACGACUCUGGCCGGUUGGAUGAGCCAGAAGAUCAACCAGCAAUCCAACCAACUUUAGAGAAGAGAUUGAGCCACAUGAUUAGCAUGGGAAAUGGAGGCCAUUUGGAGGAAUUUUCCUGGCAAAUACUAUUAGAAGCAACCAACAAUUUCUCAGAAGAUCAAAAAAUAGGAACGGGCAGUUUUGGUUCAGUCUACCAUGCCACACUCAAAGAUGGUAAAGAAGUGGCCAUCAAAAGAGCUGAGAUCUCACCCACCUCCCCGUCAGACAAAAUCAUAGGAGGCUCCAGGCGUCAAGAAGACAAAGACGAUGCUUUUGUCAACGAACUCGAAUCUUUAUCAAGACUUAACCAUAAGAACCUGGUGAGAUUACUAGGUUUCUUCGAGGACAACAAUGAGAGAAUCCUAGUCUACGAUUUUAUGACUAAUGGCAGCCUAACCGACCAUCUUCACAAACUCCACACUUCAACUUCAAAUCCAAAUUCUCCUCUCAUGUCAUGGUCAGGACGCAUCAAAGUAGCUCUAGACGCAGCCAGAGGAAUAGAAUACCUACACAAAUAUGCAAUUCCACCAAUCAUUCAUCGUGAUAUCAAAUCAGCAAACAUACUAUUAGACUCCAAAUGGACAGCCAAAGUAUCAGAUUUUGGACUCUCCCUAAUGGGCCCAGAAGACGAAGAGUCACACCUUUCUCUUCUAGCCGCAGGCACAGUAGGGUACAUGGAUCCAGAGUACUACAGGCUGCAACACUUAACCACAAAGAGCGAUGUGUACAGUUUUGGUGUGGUUUUGCUAGAAUUGCUUUGUGGGUAUAAAGCUAUACACAGGAACGAGAAUGGCACGCCUAGGAAUGUGGUGGAUUUUGUGGUGCCGUAUAUUGAGCAGGAUGAGAUUCAUAGGGUUUUGGAUCGGAGGUUGCCUCCACCAACACCGUAUGAGAUCGAGGCAGUGGCGUUUGUGGGAUAUUUGGCUGCGGAUUGUGUGAGAUUUGAAGGACGGGAAAGGCCCACAAUGACAGACGUUGUAAAUAAGUUGGAAAUAGCGUUGGAUGCCUGUUUAGCUCAACCAAAACCAACAAUUUCUCGCUUUAACUCUGGUUCUGAUUCAGAUUAGUUGAAUUGAAUUUUUUUCCCCCUCUUUCACCAUUUUGUCUUUUCCUUCCCAUUCAUUUUUUCUUUUUUCUUUUUUUAUGUACAGAAGGCAAAUUAUUAACAGUAACACGGAGU